UAGCGGGAGCGUAUACUGGCGGGUGCAGGUCGGGCUGUGGGGUGGUCGUCGGCCAGACGACGUCAAAACAAACACUGUUCAUCCCAAUGAUGAUGAAGAUCAUGUUGCUUUUGCAACUGAAGUGGCUGAUCGUCACACUCAUUUUUUUGCACAGCAGAAGUGCAUUUUGCAAAAAAUUCUACUACAGCAAUGAGGUAUACGAACGCCCUAGAGUUCAGAGCUUGAAAAGCACGAGUCUGGAGCACGAGAAACGCACAGCAGACGACCCGAGCGGUCGCCGCUCUUCGAGCCCACCCAUGCCUCCGCCGAGCGAGGGCGCUCGCAUGGCCAGGUACAUCGUGCACAGCACUGAUUGGGCCGCGCUAGCCACCACUUCAGCUAAAAGACAAAUACAAAGUUUCCCCUUUGUGAACACUGUGUCCUUCAGUGAUGGGCCACCAAGCAAUGGAUCUGGGAUUCCAUACCUCUACUUAACACCUCUUGAUAUGUCUUCACAGGACUUGGAGAAGGAUGCUCGCAGCUCUCUGGCCAUGACCCUAGCUGAAACUAGUUACUGUGAAAACAAUGCAUUUGAUCCCGAGGACCCGCGGUGUGCCAAGGUUGUACUGACAGGAAAAGUUAAAAAGUUAAAACCAGAAUCAUCUGAGCUGGUGUUCGCUGAAAAUGCAUUAUUCACUCGCCACCCUGCAAUGAAAACAUGGCCAACAGAUCAUAACUGGUAUUUUGCUAAAAUGAAGAUUGAUCAAAUAAUCUUGCUGGACUACUUUGGAGGCCCAAAAAACAUACCAGUGAAGGAGUAUUUAGCAGUAUCACCGGAGGUGUCAAGGGCAUCUGCCGAAUUAGCAGCACCACCACCGGAGGUGUCAAGGGCAUCUGUCGAAUUAGCACCACCACCACCGGAGGUGUCCAACGAAUCUGUGAAGCUAGUCUCUCAAGCCUGAGGCAACAAAUGGUAACAGAAAGUACACCCACCAAUUUGCAGCACCUCCUAAGCUUACUUAGUGAAUGGAUCCUGAUGUUUACAUAUUAGGUUUGUGCAUUACCAGAAAAAAUUAAGUAUUCUU